UGGCCACGUGACGCGGAUGUGUCGGCAGUUUGAAAACAUGGCUCUGCAGUUCACCGACGCGGAUUUCCAGGCGGCAUGGACGGAGCUGGACGAGCCUCAGAUAGAGGGAGGAUGGGAACUUUUCACAGAGAGCAUGGGCGUGAAAAUAUACCGACUUUACAACAAGGAAACAGGUCUUUAUGAGUACAAAGUGUUCGGCACGCUGUCCGGCUGUUGUCCGGAGGUCUGCGCAGAUGUUUACAUGGAUCUGGACUACAGGAAGCAGUGGGACAGUUAUGUCAAAGGUAACGUCAGAGCAGAGCUCCACGAGAAAGACUAUGGCGGACAGAAGGCUGUUUACUGGGAGGUGAAAUAUCCCUUUCCCCUGUCCAACAGAGACUAUGUGUACAUUCGGGAGCGCAGGGACCUGCAGGUGAACGGGAGGAAGAUCUGGACGGUGCUGGCGAGGAGCUCAGUGGUAUCUAAUUGCCCUGAGAAGUCAGGAGUGAUCAGGGUGAAGGACUACAAGCAGACCGUUGCCAUGGAGAGUGAUGGAGCCCAGGGCACUAAAGUCUUCAUGAACUACUUUGACAAUCCUGGAGGUAACAUCCCAACGUGGCUCAUCAACUGGGCGGCAAAGGCUGCAUUCCUUGGAGGAGGCCCGUGUUUUCAGCAGGAUCAGUGUGUUCUCCAGGUUCCUGGCAAGCAGAGAGAGAUUCCUGGGUGUGUAUCAGUGCCAGAGAGCUCACGCUGAAGACUCUAGGAGGCAUGUAGAUAUUUAAGAUACUCUCCUCAACCACUCCUUGUCCCCCAAUCCCUCGAUAUUCACUGCGCAUGGUGCUGUUAUUUAGGUGCUAAAAAUGGGGGGUGUGGCCUAAAGUGUAAAGUACUGUAUACUUCAUAUAUCAUUUCUAAUGAUUAUAUCAAAAGGUAGAAAUCUUUCCACUUUCAUUGAUCACUGAAAAUAUUCCUGACCAAAAAUCCUGUCUUACACACAUACAGGAAUUAGAUAUGACACAGUCUUCAGGACGAGAAGCAUAUAUAACCUGAGUGUGCGUGCAGAGGAACUCUACAAAAGGCCACUAAGAGGCCUAUAAAAAUUUACAGAAUUGUCUAAGAAUCGAGACAAUGUGAGACAGCAGCUUUUUUUAAAUAGGUAAUUAUCAUUAUGGGGUUAUUUAGUGGGAAAUUUACAGGGUUCUUUGCGGGUGAUUUUAUCAUUAUUAAUGACGGUGUAAAGAGUGAAGCUGCUGUAUGCUGAGCUCGAGUCUGCGCUCAGCUCCUGCUUUGGUUAUUGUUGGCUUUAUGUUUAUUUUAUCAACUCUUCUAUUUUGUCUCACUUUUCAUAAAAUGUCUAACUAAAAAUGCCAUUUUCCACUCAAUGGGAAUUCUGGAAAAAUAUGUACAGUACACUGAUUACAGAUUACAGUAUGAAUUCACUGUAUUGUAUCAUAAAACAGUAAAACACACAUUGUUAACUUUACAGUAAAACGCUGACAUUAUAGUAAAACACACAGCAUCAUUAACUUAAUAGUAAAACACACAACAUUGUUAACUUUACAGUAAAAGGCACAGCACUGUUAACUUUACAGUAAAAGGCACAGCACUGUUAACUUUACUGUAGAACACUAACUUUAUAGUAAAACACACAAUAUCAUUAACUUUACAGUAAAAAACAUGAUCAUGAUCAUUAACUUUACAGUAAAACAUUGUUAACUUUACAGUAAAACACUAAUUUUAUAGGAAAACACACAAUAUCAUUAACUUUACAGUAAAAAACAUGAUCAUGAUCAUUAACUUUACAGUAAAACAUUGUUAACUUUACAGUAAAACACUAAUUUUAUAGGAAAACACACAAUAUCAUUAACUUUACAGUAAAACACAUGAUCAGGAUCAUUAACUUUACAGUAAAACAUUGUUAACUUUACAGUAAAACACACAUGGUUAACUUUACACUGAAACGCACAUUAAAUAAUGAAUUGAAACAUUACAUUAAAUAACAUUACAGUAAAACACAAACUUCACAAAGCAUCAUUAACUUCAAAACGCACACCAUUAACUUUACAGUAAAACACACAUGGUUAACUUUACAAUAAAAGGCACAACACUGUAAACUUUACAAUAAAAGGCACAACACUGUAAACUUUACAAUAAAAGGCACAACACUGUAAACUUUACAAUAAAAGGCACAACACUGUAAAUUUUACAACAAAAGGCACAACAUUGUUAACAUUACAAUAAAACACAAACUUUAUAGCAUCAUUAACUUUAAAAUGCACACCAUUAACUACAGUAAAACACACAGUAACAGUAACCUUACAGUAAAACACUAACUUUACAGUAAACUUCUUAUCUUUAUAAUAAAACAGUAUUUUUUAUCUUCACAGUAAUACACAGCAUUGUUUAUAGUAAAAAAAA